CGCCAGCGGAGCCCCGAGAGACGCCACUGACCAGUGCGACCGGCCGCCGACCCGUGCGCAGCCUCUCCACAAUGUCCGCACUCGGGGGACGGGUGCCGCUGCUGGUGCCACUGCUGGCCCUGCUGGCCACGCUGGUCUCCAGCGGCGUCUCUCGCCGGCUCUCUCCCUGGGAGAUGGCCGAGAGGGCCGAGCUGCUGCUGGAGGAGGUGGCAGACGACCUGCUGGCUCAGGAAGAGGAGCAGGGAGAGGACGGCCGCAAGGCGCCGGCGCCGGCCCAGUUUCAGUCGCGCUGUGAGCUGGUCGGUCACACCCAGCUGGUCCAGGUGCGCGGCUGCGCGCCGGUUGAGCUCACGGUGAACGCGUGUGACGGCAUGUGCGGCUCGUCGGCCCACCCCUCCAGCUGGCACACGCUGAGCAUGAACCCGAGACACGCGGUCACCUCCGUCGGACAGUGCUGCAACAUCAUGGAGACGAAAAACGUCAGCAUAAAAAUGGAGUGUAUCAAUGGACCCAAGCACGUGAAAAUCAAGUCAGCUAAAUCGUGCGCGUGCUUUCACUGCAAGAAGACGUAAAGUCGUUCUUAUACAAGGGGCAGCAUAAAGCAUCUGACGUCCUCAUGAACGUCUACUAUGUUGCUGCAAUGCUCGUACAUGUGUGUGAAAGCAAACCAAAAUAUAUAAUGUUAUUUGGUCGACAUUAGAAUAUACAGUGAUGCGUGAUUCGUUGACAGAGCGAUGUUCCCUUCAUGCAAGAUAUGUUUGAAUAUUGUGAACCUGUGCAUCAAAGCAUAGGUAUGCAUUAGAAUGGUUUAUGCGUUUCAAUAAAUACUACACGUCUGGUUUUGCACGAUAGUAAUAAAUGAUAGAAGUCGGUAAA